GUGCGCGGGGCAUUGUGGGAAGUGGACGCCGCUCCGGGGCGGGCGCCCCAGGAUGGAGCCCCCCGACCCCCCAGCUGGAACGGCAGCAGGCCAGGAGGAGCAGGAGCUGCGGGAACGCGCCUUCUUCUCAUGGGCCGAGUUCAGCCGCUUCUUCGACGCCUGGUGCCAGCAGCGCCUGGCACUCUUCUUCGUCAAGAGCUCCAUGCACCUGGCCCGUUGUCGUUGGGCCACCGCCCCACCCCUCUACACGCUCAUCGACGUGCUCAAGUACAGCUAUGUGCGCCUCGUGUGCAAGGACGUGCGCGCGCCCAGCAGGCCUGCCGUGGGACCUCCGCAGGCCGGCUGCCCAGCCUUCAUCAUCGUCAAGCUGAGCCCGCUGAAGGACCGCCUGGUCGUGACCGAGUGCCAGCUCACCCAUUCGCACCCUGCCUGCCCACUGGAGUUCGCCUACUACUUCCGCCCGGGCCACCUGCUGGCCAAUGCCUGCCUGCCCGUGCGCACCACCAACCGCAUCUCCAAGCAGUUCGUGGCACCUGCCGACGUGCGUCGCCUGCUGGCCUACUGCAAGGGCCGCGACCACGGCGUGCUGGACGCGCUGCGUGUGCUGGAGGGACUCUUCCGCACCGACCCAGAGGCCAAGGUCAAGCUGGUGUUUGUGGAGGACCAGGCGGUGGUGGAGACAGUUUUCUUUCUGACGUCCCGCACCCGGGCGCUGCUGCGGCGCUUCUCGCUCAUGCUCCUGGUGGACCGGCUGCCGGGGCUGCAGGGCGCGCUGGACAUGCUAGCCGUGCUGUGUGUGGACAGCGCGGGCCGAGCGCGCCAGGCGGCCUGCUGCGUGGCACGCCCGGGCACACCCAGCCUGUUGCGCUUUGCGCUGGCCUCGCUGCUGCAGAGCGCACCCGAGGUUAAGGGCCGAGUACGCUGCCUGACAGCUGGCCCAGAGGUGGCGGCGCAGCUGCCUGCCGUGCGCCAGCUGCUCCCCAGGGCGCGGGUGCAGAUCUGCCGAGCGCAGGGCCUGGAGACGCUGUUCAGCAAAGCGCAGGAGCUGGGGGGCGCGGGCCGCGAGGACCCGGGGCUGUGGCCGCGCCUGUGUCGUCUGGUCGGAGCCACGUCGCCCACCGCCUACGCCGAAGCCCUGGACGAGCUGCGGGCGCAUGGCCCCGCCGCCUUCGUCGACUACUUCGAGCGCAACUGGGCUCCUCGCCGGGAUAUGUGGGUGCGUUUCAGCGCCUUCGAGGCGGCCCAAGACCUGGACGCGUGUGCCCUGGUGCGCAGCCACCGCAGGCGCCUCCUGCGCCAUCUGAGCCCAUCGCGGGGCGUCGCGCAAUGCCUCCGGGACCUGGUGGCCAUGCAGUGGGCUGAUGCGGCCUGCGAGGCAGAACCCGACACCCCCGAGGGCGGGACGGCGAGGAGCAGCGCUCAGGUGGACCAGGAGAGUGCGAAAGCCUUGGAAGCGGGGACCUGGGGAGGGGUCCCCAAGGAAAGAACCGUUUGGCUACAGUCCCCGUUGGAGAAGGAGCGGGCCAGGGGACUGGAGAGCCGGGACUGGACAGGAGCUCGGCCAGAGAGUAACCAGGAGAGAGGGUGGGCCCUCCGAGACUGGAGAGGGGGCGCGGCUGAACCCCUAAAGGUGCGGGCGCUGGAAGGGCGCCCAUGGAAGGCUGGCCAACAGGAGAAUGCACACUGGAGAGCCCCCGAGGUCAGAGACUGGAGGGGGCCCCCGUGGGAACGCGACAAAGGGUGGAACCAGGACGGGGUGCCGUGGCAUGUGAGUCCCCAGCCAGAAGCGCAGGACCCGAAGGGCUUGGAGGCCUUCGCCCUGAGGACAGUGCCCUCGAAGGAGCACAGGACGCGGGGACCGGACACCACAGAGCGGAGGGCCACCACUGCAGGCUGCUUGGAGAGGCCCAGGGGAGUUGAAGGGACCCCUUGGAGUGGCCCCCAGGUGCUUGAGAACCGGGCGAGUGAACCGAGCCCCCGAGACUGGCCGGGGGCGCAGCUGGAAGCUGGCCAGGGAAGAGGCCUAGAGGCCAAACUUUGGCAAGGGCGCCCGCAGGCGCAGAGUCCUGAUCUGUUGUUGGAAAACGGAGACCCGUGGCACCCCCGCUGGCGAGAAGAGAGGCAGAGGACAGCAGAGAAGGGCGAAGAGAGAGGCGUGAAGUUGGGACUCCCAAAGAAGGGUCUGGAGGACGUGAUGCUGGUUCAGCUGGGGGAUUCGCGGGGAGCUACCGGCCUAGCCAAUGGUGAGGCGCGGGGAGUCCAGUCUGGAGACCCCGCAGGGAGAGGCCGGCCAGAGGCAGCAGAGUGGGCAGACCCAGGAGCGCGGGGUGCUGGCCCUGCAGCGGGGAGUGGAUCCCCAGAGGUGGAACCCAUCUGUGCCACCACUAGCCGCACCUAUACGGACUCAGCAGCAUCCACUAGGCCCGAUAGAGCGGAUAGACCGAGCCAUCGUGAGCACCAGCGUCCUUGCUGGGCCCCCGAGGAGCGUGGGCUGGACUGGGAGCCACUGGCCAAAUUCCGGGCGGCCUGCGGGCCCGAGCUGGCCGAGCUGGUGGCGGAGGAACUGGCCUUUGCUAGGCUCCACGGAACGCGGGGCUUCCGCUGGACCGGAGUCGGCUUCGCGCUGCAGGAUGGCACCUCGGACUUCAUCCUGGACCGCGCGCUGACCCGCUGCAGCUGCUCCAUCCACGCUGCCCGCCGCCUGCCCUGUCGCCACGUCUUUGCCGCGCGCCUGCUCACAGGGAGUGCCCUGUUUCACGUGGACCUGCUCAGGGACUGCUGGGGACGGGCCCCGGAAACUUGAGUAUACCGCACCUGCCAUCCACCGCCCUCCUCCGGGAGGGGGGUCUCUGAUCCCAAAGAUAACAAAGGGGCUGGGGCCCAGGCAGUAGCUCCCCUUACUGUUGCCAAGCCCCCUUUCACACCUUGACCCUCCUAUUUUAGCUUCUGGGGAAGCCAUUGGCAGUGGUUUGUGGGGAGGGGAGCCACAUAGACAAGGCGGACAGGAAAUAGGGCUGGGAAGGGGACAUGGGUUGGGCGUGGCAAAGCCAAGAAAGUUGGGGAGCAAGAAACCCAAAGAUGAGAGGGAGGGGAGGGGCAUGAAGGAAAGAAGUGAAGAACAGGGCCAGGAGACGUAGGUCAGCGAGGAGGGCGCUUGCUUUGCGAGCAGCCGACCUGGAU